UUACAUAUUUAUGUAUUCUUUUGUAUUUAUAGGAAUGAAAAUUAUCUAAAUACAGGAUUUACUGGCUGAAUCAUAAGAUGGAUAAACUCAUUGAAACAGAGAUUUCUAAAUCUCCAGAGAAAAGCCAUUCUGUAGGGAUUAAAAUAACUGAAUUGAAUCCUCAUUUGACAUGUAUCUUGUGCGGAGGAUAUUUUAUUGAUGCUACAACCAUAAUUGAAUGUCUCCAUCCUUUUUGCCGUGCCUGCAUUGUGCGUUACCUGGAAUCUAGUAAAUUCUGCCCCAUUUGUGAAGUCAUGGUCCACAAAACUAGACCACUACAGAACAUAAGGGCUGAUGAAACUUUACAAGACUUAGUGUAUAAAUUGGUUCCUGGCCUUUACCGAAAUGAGAUGAAACGUCGUCGAGAUUUCUAUGCCAGCCACAAAGUACAUUUAGGCAAUCACACAGCACAGACUCCAGGUGAAGAUAGAGGUGAUGAAGCAAUUGAACGUCUCAUUUACACUGAAGAUGAGAGGGUUAGUCUUUCACUGGAACUUCUCACUGGUUACAGUGAAGAGAGAAUACGGUUUUUAACUCGUGAAAAUCUGAAUGGAAACACAAAGAACCAGGGCAAAGAAAUUCGUUAUCUGCUGUGUCCUGCAGCUUUCACAGUUGCACAUUUAAAGAAAUUUCUGCGAAUGAAAUUUGAAUUAUCACAGCGCUAUGAGAUUCACAUAUUUCAUUCUGAUGAACCACUGAAAGACAACUACACUUUGAUUGAUAUUGCUUACAUUUAUACCUGGAGACGGAAUGCUCCAUUGCGACUCUUCUAUUCUGUGUUUGAAAAUAGUGCUAAGAAACCAAAACUGUCUAACACAGAAACUGUCUCUGAAAACAGAAGUGUGAAAGAAAAACUGAAGCUGUCAGUGUCCACUACUAGUGUCACUAACACUGUAACAAAUACUACAGCAGCUGUUCCACAUGUGACAAAAACUUCAACUGUCUUAACACCUACUGCCACUACUGUUCAAUUGACCACUCCAACACCAACUACUACCACUGUUGUCACAACUACUGUACGUACCAAUGCUAGCUGCACUGAAACAACAACCAAUAGCAGCUCUGUAAUGAGGCCAUGCAGUGAUAAUGCUGUAUUUCACAAACCUACUCAACCACCACCUUCAACUAAACAUAGUCAUAAUCAGAAAACUUUGCAAACUCUCAAAACACCUCAGCUUAUUGCACCCAAACCCCCUGAAAUCUUUCAAAGACCUCAAGUUAUAGCUCCCAAAUCUUUACCUAAUUCUGUAUCACUCAAUCCUCAAAGAAUGUCCAUUGCAAAUUUUCAGAAACCUCUGCCUGUGCUUAUGCAAAGGACAUCACAACUUCAGAAAUUUCAACCGAGUAACUUUCCCCAAAACAACGAAAUGUCACUUCCAAAAGUAAACCAAACUAAUGCACAAUGUGUAAUGCAAACUAAUUCAAUAAAGGUUACUCACAACUAUGGACCGAAGAAUUCUCAAGAUAAUUGGCAGAAGAUGCCACAAAAUAUUCCACAAAAAUGUUUCCAAACUAAUGGUAAUCAAAAAAGUGUUGCUGUUUCUUCUGCUAGUAAACCUAUACAAGGAUGCUCAAGUCACUGCAGAGUAACUUCAAAAGGAAUGUCUAAACAAGAAAAUACAUUCUGCCAGAAACUUGACAAUAAGAAACAACUAGAAACUAUGAUCAAUGGUAAUAAAAUUGUUGAUCCAUGCACAGGACCUACAGCUCGAUCUAAUAAAAGAGAUGGCACUGGAGAUGUUAAUAAGGAGAAAUCAAUAAAAAUGAAUGGAAAUGCAUCAAAGACAGAGAUAGCUAGUGUUAGUUAGAAGUGUGAGGUUUGAAGUCAGGAGAAAUAACUAAUGGAGGACAAAAAUAAAAAUAGAAUUUGCACAAUGACAGCUGCCAUUAUAAUGCCAAUGAAGAUUAUCAUGCACAAACUUUAGCCACUGGAUGCUGUGUAAACAUUGUGUAUAUUUUUAUGUUGAAAAAGAUAUGUGUCUGCUUGUAACCGCAAAACUCUGUGAUGGGAAACUUGCCAUUUCAUUGAGAAUAUAAUGUCUCCAUUGCUCAGGUGUUUGCAGAACUAAGAUGACAGCAGUCAAUACAAAGGAUAUAUUUUUGAUUAACAGGUGAAACAGUGGUUGGUAAAUGAGAGAAAAUCCUAUGAACAGCAUAAAUUCAUUUUUCCAUUUUAUAUACCAAAUAAUCUAAUUUUUUUCUUCUGUUAAUUAACAAUGGCUUGUGCUCUUCUUUGUAAAUAUCGGAAAAUAGAUGUGUGUAUGAGUGGAAAAUGUAUGUCAUUGUGAGAUGUGUGUUAACACUUUUCCAGGUUGUUGAAAAAUGGUCUGCCCAUUUACUUAUGUUUUGUUUCAGUAACCUCUGAAUUUAACUGCUUACAUUAUAUGUAAGUGCUUCAAUAUUUAUCUUCUUGACUACAAGAGAAAUAUAUUUUCUCAUUCUCCUAACAAAGCAGUUGUCAUGUUCAGUUUCCAAAUUCUUAAAUUAUCAGGAUAAUAUGUACAAUCACAUAUCCUUAUUAUUAAUUCACUAAAUAAUUUCAGUAUUUUUUUUUUAAUUUCUAAAAACGAAAACCUUUUUGCUUUAUAUUUCACCUGAGUAAGAAAUAUUCUUUGUUUAAAGGUAAACAAUUUGUGGAAUUUACAGGUAUGUAAAACUGUUGUGGGAACCCUUUUCAUCAUAUGAAUGUGGUUUCUCACUGAGAUUUAAUUUGAUAUUUUAGAUAAGUUUUAUAUUUAAUAACUUAUUUAAAAUAUGAUAUUAUGACUCUUGAAAAAACUGUUUCUAAGUUUAACAGAAAUCAUUCAAAAUUCAUCUGUUAGUUAAAUAACUUGUAAAUAAAACUAACUCAUUGUUAUUACAAAUUCAUUUAUUUCCAAUUAAAAGCUGUGAAACUGACAAAACUUUCUUUUUCUCCCUUUCUUAUCAUACAAAGAUUUGUGUUGGAACUGAAACUGAAAUUUUCAUGUUGACUUCUUUUGUCAAAUACAAUCCUAUUUUUCCUUAAAACUCUGUUUUAUGGUUUUCAUAAUUAUUUGUUUUGUUUUCAUUUUAUUUUGUGCAUUUGCAUAAACAUUAUUCUGACUAGGAGUUCUAUUUUUCACAAUGGAAAAGUGAACACAUACCUUUAAUUCAUGCAUGUAUUUUGGCUGUUAACAUAAUUUGCAAGACAGAAACGGAAUAAACAUUUUAAACAAACUGA